AAGACCAAGACCAAGACCAAGGGUGGAAAAUGUUGGGGUGCCGCGAUGGGUACGUCCUUCUGCGAUGGAACACCAAGAAGGUGGCCGUCUACGACCCCCUCACAGGGGCCCUGCAUCUCUUCCCCGCCCCGCCCCAUGAGGUGUUCAGCGCACACCCCGAAUACACUGAAGCUGAGUUCCACGUGAUCCCCUCCGAAGCCGACGACCGGUCGUUUCGUGUCCCCAAGGAACACGGGGGGAAGCAGAUCGCCGUCUUGUCACCGGCGGACACCAUGGAGUGGCAGAUUGCCCCAACUCCGUGGAGCCUCCAGUAUGCUGCUGGCAAUGUAGAGCUAGUGAGGAACGGGCUUGUUUACUGGGCAUCUUCAGGCCAAGACGAAGACCACUCUAUCCCUGUGCUGGACACUGCAACGCUGCAAUUCUCUCAAACACAUCUGCCGAUUGGGCCUUCCGGUGUCUUAGGUGAGACCAGGGAUGGGAAGCUCUGUUUGGCUUGCGCGUGCAGCGACAACCUUGAGCUUUUUGUUUGGGUCCUGAGGGCCGGUCGUGACAGCGUCGACAAAUGGAGGAAGAACAGGACAUUUGAGAUCGUGGAUGUGAUGGGUAAGCUCGCUCUCAACAUUGUAGACGAGUGUCCUUCGCUGAAUGUCGUGGCUAUUGUGGGUGGCAUUGUGUAUCUGACUAUUCACCAGAACGAGCCUCCUAACUGGCUCAUAUCCUUCUGCAUUGAAACAAGGGAGUUGCAGAAGCUCUGCCAGAUAACUACCUCUGAGUUCUGCUAUCCCUACAUCAUGGCGUGGCCUCCCUCUUUGGUGCCCAGUAAGACAACCGCAGCCUUAUCCAGUUAAAUUCUGACUGAGCUGCCUGGAACUAUGUAGCUUGAAUGGUUAGAAACUGGAAUGCAAAUUCACUGUAGGUGCUACAGCAUGCUGGUCUUGUUGAUCCACAAGGAGAAUCUGAACUAUCUUCAGCUAUAACUUGUACGGAGUAUCUGUUUGUGGAACUUCCUUAGAACUGUCAAGCGGCAAGGUAAUAUGUAAUGAUACCAUGAUGUAAUGAAACAACGGGUGAUGAUG